ACCCGGCGGAGGCCACGUGACUCGCCAAAGAUGGCGGCGCCCAGUGAGGUGGCGUGAAAGUUGUGGCAAGUCGGCGUCGCGGGGUUCGGGGAUCAGAACCGAGGGGGGCCCGGGAGCCAUGUCGCGACUGAUCGUGAAGAACCUCCCUAAUGGGAUGAAGGAGGAGCGAUUCCGGCAGCUAUUUGCCGCCUUCGGCACGCUGACCGACUGCAGCCUCAAGUUCACCAAAGAUGGCAAGUUCCGCAAGUUCGGCUUUAUAGGCUUCAAGUUGGAGGAGGAGGCCCAGGCGGCCCUGAGCCAUUUCAACCGGAGUUUUAUUGACACGUCCCGGAUCACAGUGGAAUUCUGCAAGUCCUUUGGAGACCCAACAAAACCCCGAGCCUGGAGCAAACAUGCCCAGAAGCCAGGGCAGCCCAAGCAGCCGUCUCAAGGCUCCGUACCCUCAGACACUAAAAAAGACGACAAGAAGAAAAAGGUGCCCAGUGACCUGGCGAAGCUGAAGGAAGAUGCCGAGUUCCAGGAGUUCCUGUCGAUUCACCAGAAGAGGACCCAGGUGGCCACGUGGGCCAACGACGCUUUGGACACUGAGCUCCCAAGAGCAAAAACCAAGCCAACAAGUGACUAUCUGAACUUUGACUCUGAGUCUGACUCGGGGCAGGAGAGUGAGGAGGAGCCGGCUGGAGAGGAGCCUGAAGAGGAACAAGGCGGCCUGCAGCCAAAGGCGGCCACACAGAAGGAGCUGUCCGACAUGGACUACCUGAAAUCCAAGAUGGUGCGGGCCGAGGAGUCCUCCGAGGACGAGGAUGAAGAGGACAGUGAAGACGAGGCGGUGAACUGCGAAGAAGGCAGUGAGGCUGAGGAAGAAGAGGGCCCUGCCUCCCCAGCCCAGCAGGAGAGUGGGAGCCGGGGAGCCGAGCCUGGGAGCCGGAGACCUCAGGAUGCCGCUGGCAAGGUAGAGAAACCGGCCGGCAAGAAGGAACCCACCACGCCCUACACUGUGAAGCUCCGGGGAGCCCCGUUCAAUGUCACCGAGAAAAACGUCACGGAGUUCCUGGCGCCCCUGAAGCCAGUGGCCAUUCGGAUAGUGAGAAAUGCUCACGGGAACAAAACAGGCUAUGUCUUCGUGGAUCUCAGCAGCGAGGACGACGUGAAGAAAGCUCUGAAGUGCAACCGGGAAUACAUGGGUGGACGUUAUAUCGAGGUCUUCAGGGAGAAGGCCCCCACGGCCCACGGUCCCCCAAAGAGCAGCUCCACACCCUGGCAGGGCCGCACGCUCGGGGAACAUGAGGAGGAGGAGGACCUGGCCGACUCUGGGAGGCUCUUCGUGCGGAACCUGUCGUACACCAGCUCUGAGGAAGACUUGGAGAAGCUCUUCUCUGCCUAUGGUCCUCUGUCAGAACUCCACUAUCCAAUCGACAGCCUGACCAAGAAGCCCAAGGGCUUUGCCUUCGUUACCUUCAUGUUCCCUGAGCACGCAGUGAAGGCCUACGCUGAGGUAGACGGGCAGGUAUUCCAGGGCAGGAUGCUCCAUGUCCUACCUUCCACCAUCAAGAAGGAAGCCAGCCAGGAGGCAGAUGCCCCGGGAUCCUCUUACAAGAAGAAGAAGGAAGCCCUGGACAAAGCCAACAGCUCCAGCUCUCACAACUGGAACACACUGUUCAUGGGACCAAAUGCCGUAGCUGACGCCAUUGCUCAGAAGUACAACGCCACCAAGAGUCAAGUGUUUGACCACGAGACCAAGGGCAGCGUGGCUGUGCGUGUGGCUCUGGGGGAGACCCAGCUGGUCCAGGAGGUCCGCAGCUUCCUUAUCGACAAUGGCGUCAGCCUGGACUCUUUCAGCCAGGCCGCAGCAGAGCGAAGUAAGACUGUGAUCCUGGCUAAGAACCUCCCAGCGGGCACGCUGGCAGCGGAGCUACAGGAGAUCUUUGGCCGCUUUGGCAGCUUGGGCCGCGUGCUGCUGCCUGAAGGUGGCAUCACAGCCAUCGUGGAGUUCCUGGAGCCCCUGGAGGCCCGCAAGGCCUUCAGGCACCUGGCCUAUUCCAAGUUUCAUCAUGUCCCUCUCUACCUGGAAUGGGCUCCAGUUGGUGUCUUUGGCGCAGCCCCCCAGAAGAAAGAUUCCCAACCUGCACAGACUGCAGAGAAAGCUGAGGCAGAGCCAGAGACGGGACUCGACCCAGAAGGUGAAAAGGCCUCAGGGGAAGGAGCAGAGGCCCCCACAGGCAACACGGAAGAGGAGGAGGAAGAGGAAGAUGAGGAGGAGGAGGAAAGUGUCCCAGGAUGCACUUUGUUUAUUAAGAACCUCAACUUCAGCACCACAGAGGAGACACUGAAGGAAGUGUUUUCCAAAGUGGGGGCUGUGAAGAGCUGCACCGUGUCCAAGAAGAAGAAUAAAGCAGGAGUGCUACUUUCGAUGGGGUUUGGGUUUGUGGAAUACAAGAAGCCAGAGCAGGCCCAGAAAGCCCUCAAGCAGCUCCAGGGUCACGUCGUGGACGGCCAUAAACUGGAAGUGCGGAUCUCCGAACGAGCCACUAAGCCGGCCUUGACAUCCACUCGUAAGAAACAGGUCUCCAAGAAGCAGACGACCUCAAAGAUUCUGGUGCGGAAUAUCCCCUUCCAGGCCAACCAGAGGGAGAUCCGGGAGCUUUUCAGCACCUUUGGGGAACUGAAGACCGUGCGCCUGCCGAAGAAGAUGACGGGGACAGGCGCACACAGGGGCUUCGGCUUUGUGGACUUCGUCACCAAGCAGGACGCAAAGAAAGCCUUCAAUGCGCUCUGCCACAGCACCCACUUGUACGGCCGCAGGCUGGUCCUGGAAUGGGCAGACUCGGAGGUGACGGUCCAGGCCCUGCGGAGGAAGACAGCCAGGCACUUCCAAGAGCCCCCGAAGAAAAAGCGGUCUGCGGUGUUGGAUGGGAUCCUGGAGCAGCUGGAAGAUGGGGACGACGAUGGUGACAGUGAGCAAGCUCUCCAGCUGUGAGCUAGCACCGCCAGGGUGUGUGGCUCCGGGGCCCUGGGGCCAGGCAGGGCUCGGCAGGCGGUCUCCCUCGGGUCAGGGUCAAGGGAGACAAAAGCCUGUACCUGGGUGCGAGAACAUCGGCUCUGCAAACUCCUCACCGGUGUCAUGUUCAGCAGCUGCUGCCCGGGCACCUGCACUGGGUAACCCACAUGAGGUGGCUCCUUAUGAGGACACAGACCUGGCGUCCUCCUCUGAGACGGUGCUCUCCCCACACACACCCGGCUCCUUGUCCCCGAGGAGCAGAGGCUCUGGGAUGGAUGACGGUGCACACACAGCCGGCGUAGAGCCCGUGGAAGGAGCAAGCUCCUGUCUGGGAGGGGACUGGCAGCUCAGCCCCGUUCACCGGCCGCCCAGGCCCCAACCAGCCAGGCUCCUGCAGCCGUCUCGCCCUCUGCAGGACUUGCUGGCCGAAGAUGGAGCUAGGGACUCCAGCUCAUCACCCAGGGCCCUUCCCAGACCUCCUGAAGCAUCACAUUCCUAGCCCGGGUGCCAGGUUCGCAGGCUGAACUGUGUGCCGUCACCACAGCAUCUCAAGGCGGAGGCCCUGGGAGCGCUGUCAAGGCCUCACCCCGAGCCAGAGGCAUCGCAAGCUCAUCUUUGGCUGGGUACCCUAUUACAGCCUCUCCAUGAAUGUCGAUGCGCCAGCAGCCAGAGGAGGACAUGGCAUCAAUCGGGGGGCCGGAGCCACGGCCCUUUAACCGCUGUCCAGCCCCAGCACCACCACAUCCGAGCGUGCAGCUGAAGACCCACAUCAUUUUGAGUUCAGUGCAGGUGACUGGCAUGGUGGCCUCGGCCAGCCACACCGUGUUCAGCCAUCCCACCCAGGAAGACCUGAGAAGACUCUCAUCCCACUUCUGAGCUGUCCUCACCACGGGCUGUGGGUGCUGGACUGGACUCUGAGCCAGGGCACCAGGCCUUCCGACUUUUGUGAGAAUCUCGGCCUGUGCGGUUUUGGAGGGAAUGAGGUCCUGCUUUUCAGAGUGGCCUGUACCAAAGCUGGGACCUCACCCUGUGGGUGGGACGGGCACUUUGUUACAGUCCGAGGGCACUGAGAAUUAACAAUAAAAGUCAGAGCCUAGAGUGGCUCGGCUCCCUCUA